UCAGAAACACCUUACAUGUGCUAAGGUUCGGACGUGCCUUGGCACAGUAGCGGGAAAUAUAAAUAAAAAACCGUUGAAAAACAGAAACCGUUAACAAAAAAUAAACUGCAAAAGGAAAGAUUCAAUUUGAAAUAAAUAUAUCCUGUAAAGGAUAUAUUUAAACCAAUUCAAAGGACUUUUCGAAGGAUAAUAAAGGAUAUACGAUAAAAAAUAAAAAAAAAAUUUGGUGGAUAAUAAUACAAAACAUUUUGAAACAGAUUUUUUAUGUAGUAAUUAAGAAUAAUUUAAUCCAAUUAAUAAAAUGGAAUUCUUUUUUAAAUUUGGUUACGUGUUUUUGAUUGUAACCCUAUUAAUAAUGAUAUGGAUGUCCCUGGCACGGGGUCUGCAUUAUAACAAUCGUGAAUUGGAGGAUAUGCGUUAUCCGCCAUGUGCCUACAACGCACUUUGUACGUGUUCGAAGUCAUCACCAGAUCUGGGGAUUGUAUAUUGCAAAAAUGUGCCCUUCCCCGCACUGCCACGAAUGGUGAAUCAAUCGAAGGUUUUCAUGCUGCACAUGGAAAAUACGGGGUUACGAGAAAUCGAACCAUAUUUUCUGCAGUCAACAGGCAUGUACCGUUUGAAAAUAUCGGGGAAUCAUUUAACCGAAGUACCAGACGAUGCGUUUACCGGCCUGGAGCGCUCACUGUGGGAACUAAUACUGCCACAAAAUGAUCUGGUGGAAAUCCCAUCAAAAUCAUUUAGACACUUACAAAAACUACGUCAUUUAGAUUUGAGUCAUAAUCACAUAACACACAUCCAACAGGAUUCAUUUCGUGGUCUAGAGGAUUCGUUGCAAACACUCCUGUUGGGCGACAAUUGUAUAUCAACUCUGCAGCCGCAUAGUUUUUCGGGGCUGCUGAUAUUGGAAACAUUGGAUUUGAGUGGCAACAAUUUGUUUGAAAUUGAUCCUAAUGUCUUUGUGGAUGGUAUGCCGAGGUUAAUGAAACUUUUACUAACGGAUAACAUACUCUCCGAGAUACCCUAUGAUGCAUUGGGUCCAUUGAAAAGUUUACGUACCCUAGACAUAUCACACAAUGUGAUAUGGUCUUUGAGCGGCAACGAAACGUACGAAAUAAAGGCCAACGCAAAGCUUAAUUUGGACAAUUUGCAUUUGGAAUAUAAUAAUAUCAGUAUGUUGCCACCAAAUUCAUUUAAAUAUUUCGAAAUUGUUAAUCGAACGUUUUUGGAUGGUAAUCCAAUACAUACGAUGAUGGAUGAUGCUUUCAAACCGGCCAAAAUUCGGGAAAUUUAUAUGCGUUAUUGUGGUUUGACGGAAAUUUCACCCAUGGCAUUCGACAGCUUAACGAGCAGCUUACAAAUUUUGGAUCUUUCGGGGAAUAAUUUGACACAUUUACAUCACAAACUAUUCAAUAAGUUUGACGUGUUGAGAGUCAUAAGUAUGCGCGAUAAUAAAAUCAAAAUCGAACAACCAAUGGAAACAUUCAACGCUAUGCAAUAUACGUUGCUUAAACUAGAUUUAAGCGGAGAUCAAAACGACCCGACAAAUCUACAAACUUUGCGCAAUAUGACCAGAAUGAGGAAUAUGCGCUCACUGUCCAUGUCCCGGAUGAGUGCAACAUCCAUAGGGCCGGAUGAUUUCAAGGAUUUCGGUGUGGAGCUGGAAGAUUUGCAAAUAGUCAGAGCGAGCCUGAGCAAUAUACAGGCACAUGCCUUUAAACAUGUGCGGGGACUGAAGCGUUUGGAUUUCAGUGAGAAUAGUAUACAAAGUAUUGAAAAUGAUGCAUUUGAUGAGAUUGGUCAUUCUUUGAUUUCAUUGAAAAUUGCCCAUGGUUUUUCGGGUACUGCAUUGCCAGCUGAACCAUUGCGACAUCUGACCUCAUUGCAGGAACUAGAUAUGAGUAAUAAUAAAAUACAAAGUAUGAGUGAUACCAGUUUUCAUUUUUUGAAAAAUCUAAGACUUUUGGAAUUGCACGAUAAUCGCAUUGAACAAGUAAUGAAGGGCACGUUUCAGGGUGAUAUACAUUCGAAACUUGAGGAAAUUUCUUUCCGUUUCAAUCACAUGACUCAAAUAUCACAGCAUACGUUUUUCGAUUUAGAGGCCUUGAGAAAACUGCAUUUGGAUGAUAACAAAAUUGAGCGCAUAGAAAGGCGAGCCUUUAUGAAUCUGGACGAGCUGGAACAUUUAAGUUUACGUGGAAACAAACUAAACAAUCUGGCCGAAGAAUCGUUUCAGAAUUUACCAAAACUGGAAGUUCUCGAUAUGGCUUUUAACAUGUUGCCGAAUUUUAAUUUUGACUAUUUUGAUCAGGUGGGGACAUUAUCAAAUUUAAAUGUAAAUGUUAGUCAUAAUCAAAUCAAAAUGUUAAUGCACAAUUCAUCAUGGGUCGGUAGAGGUGAUCAUGGCUCAAUGUAUCAUUCAAACAUAAAAAUAUUAGAUUUAUCACACAACAAUAUCUCGAUAAUAUAUCCGGGAUAUUUUAGACCCGCCGAAAGUUCAUUGACACAUUUACAUUUGGGCUAUAAUGCCUUGAUGAAUGUCACCCGUGAUGUCUUUGGUAAUAUGCCACAUUUGCAAUGGUUGGAUAUCUCACAUAAUUAUAUACGUGAAAUCGAUUUUGAUGCCUUUAAGAAUACCAAAGAAUUGCAGUUGAUCUAUUUCCAUUACAAUCAUUUGACUGAUAUACCUCAAGAAGUUUUCAAACCCAUUCGAGCAUUACGUGUUGUAGACUUUUCUCAUAAUCAUUUGCGUGGCUUGCCGGAUAAUUUAUUCUAUAAUGGUGGUAUGGAGAAGUUGGAUGUAUCCCAUAAUAUGCUGCUGAAAAUACCCUCUUCGUCUUUGUCUAGCUUGGCAGCUCUAACAUUGUGUGAAUUACAUCUAUCCAAUAACUUCAUAUCGACCAUACACAGCAUGGAUCUGUCCAAUAAAUUCAGAUCGUUACGUUACUUGGAUAUUUCGUAUAAUUAUUUGCUGCGUAUUGAUGAUGCCGUCUUUGCAACAAUGCCCAAAUUGGCCGUUUUGGAUUUGUCACACAAUCGCGAUCUUAAAGUUAUGGAUAAAUCUUUUAUGGGUUUGGAGACGAGUCUAAUCAAAUUAGGUUUGGAAAAUGUUUCGCUCAGCACAGUGCCGGAGAUUCGUUUGAGAUAUUUACGCGAAAUACGUUUGGGCUACAACGAACUGCCAUCGAUACCACAAGAAUUGGCCCAUAAUAUGUCCAAUUUGAGAAUGUUGGAUUUAUCCAAUAAUGAUUUGACCAAUGUUCCCUUGAUGACACAGUAUUUGCCGCAUUUAAGGAAACUGAUGCUCUCUGGCAAUCCCAUUUCAUCGCUCAACAACAACAGUUUCGAUGGUGUCAAUGAUGAUUUGGAAAUGUUAGACAUUUCCAAUUUCCGUUUGCAUUAUUUCGAAUAUGGCUGCCUGGAUGCAUUGCCACAUUUGCGUCAAUUGAAGUUGACAGCAUAUUCGCAUUUGGAACAUUUCAAUAUCCCCUAUUUGCUGAGAAAUCAUCACAAUAUACGGGAUCUAUGGAUUGAGGCACCACAACCAUUUACACGCAUCAUCAAAAAGGGUUCGGGACCAAAUCAAGAAAUGCAAACCGUACAAAUGGGUAUGCCCACCGAUUUAUCGCGCGAAAUGGAAGGACAUCUGCCAAUGAAAUUGACAAACAUCACAUUUAGUGGGCCACAAUUUUCCACAUUGAAUGAGAAUAUUUUAAAGGGCAUGCAGUCUCCUUAUUUAUAUAUCCAACUAUUCAAUACAUCCUUAAUGGAGUUACCGAAGAAUUUCUUCAAGAACAUGGGAAGAGUGCGUAAUAUCUCCUUGGAUAUUCGUUACAAUAAUCGUAUGCUGAAGAAAAUACCAAAUCCAAAUACUGGGACCGUGCCAUAUCUACCAAACAGUGUAUUCUUAACGGAUCUGAAAAUGUCGGAUACAGAUUUGAAUUGUGACUGUGAUUUGGGAUGGGUGGAAUUUUGGCAACGUAAACGUCGUCAAUACAUCUGUUCUUCACAAACCUGGACCGAUACUGUGUUCCGCACAUUCAUGAAUUCGCCGUGCCAGGUGUACGGCCGUUACACCUGUGACGAUCACGAUGAUGAUUUGAGAGAAACACGAUGUGACAACAAAGGUGGACAACAAUUGAUGGAGUCGCUUAAGGCCGACUUAGAAUGUGGCUGGGAUGGUACCUCGUGCCGUGAAGCCUUCAUUGUGGUGGUGUUCUCUUGCGUAUUCUUGGUGUUAUUUAUGUGACAUCUCUAUUGUGUGUUCAAUAUAACCAAACAAUUCUAUGAUGUUUUGGAGCAGGUCUAUGGCCACAAUAAUUUUUAAAAUAAAACGAAAGACAAUGAAGAAGAAAAACAAAAAUCUACACAAAAAAUAGAAAAAGAAAACAGAAAACGAAUUCUUUUUGGAGAUGAGAAUAUGUAGAAGAACUAGUAAGAAUGAAAGAACAGCGUUGAUUCGUUUUCCCGUCGCCUUCAUGUAGUGUUGACCUUUUUGUUUUGUGACUCUAAACAUCCUGGACUGAUUGUACGUAGCUGCAUAUUGAACACACACACACACACCCCACCUUUAUCCUUUUUAGUAAUGACGACCAUGGCACUUUUUAUGGACUUAGGACAUGUUAAACAUUUUUGGAAUAUCCAUUGAAUCCCCAUAACUUUUUGACGAAAGCGGAACUAAACUAUGGACUAAACGAAAAACUUAGCUUUGAAAAAUUGCGAUUUAAUGAAAUUAAUUAAGCUUUUAGUUUUUAAACCCGUAUAAUCUUAUAUAAAUUUUAUCUAAAUUAUAUUAAUAUUCCCAUAUAAUAUUUAAGAGACAAUGGUUUUUAUAAUUACCUAUGUUAGCGGUUGAACUAAGUCCGUGUAUUGAAAUUAUAUAAUUUAUAGAUUUUAAUGUAUUAAGCAAAACCAAUUUUUUUAAUUUUCCCCAGAAAGUUUUAUAACGCGACCUACCGACCCACUUAUAUCGCCUCCAUACUCUUAUAUUUACAACGCUUUUAACGAAUUUAUACGCCACACACAAUAUUCUCAAAUAAAAGUAUUCAACAAAAAAAUGUACAA